AGGGGGCGCGCACGCGCGUGGCCCGGCCCUGCCGCCGCUGAAGUGCCGCGGAUUGGGCGAGCGGGGCGCGCAUGCGCGCAAGGCCGUGACUGGCGACGGGGCGGUGGCGGCGGCUCGCGAUGGCUGAGGUGGAAGAAACACUGAAGCGAAUUCAGAGCCAAAAAGGCGUGCAAGGAAUCAUCGUUGUUAAUUCUGAAGGUAUUCCUAUAAAAAGUACUAUGGACAACUCCACAACGAUUCAAUAUGCAGGCCUAAUGCACAGUUUUAUCAUGAAGGCAAGGAGCACUGUGCGAGACAUUGAUCCCCAAAAUGACCUCACAUUCCUGCGGAUUCGCUCCAAGAAAAAUGAAAUUAUGGUUGCACCAGAUAAGGACUACUUCCUGAUUGUCAUCCAGAAUCCUACUGAAUGAUUACACUAACUUGAUAUGGUUUUUCCCCCCUUUGCCCAACUAUUUUUUAAUUUAAUGGUAAAGAGUAGAACAUUAGUGUUAACUUGGCUGUGCCACUUCUGUAAUAUCUGAAAAAAAAACAAAAGCAAAUGUAUCUGUUGUUUACAAAUAGAAAAAAAGUGGUUUCUUCUGUUAUCACAAGUCAUUUUGAGAAGGAGUUGGUGAAUUAGGAUCAGGUGACUUAAACAGUAAAAAAUGCAACAGAUUCUUUUGAAUAGUUAAGAAGAUAAUAUAAAAAAAUCUAAUAAGGUUCUAAAAAUUAUUCUUUGUACAUUUCCAUGUUCCUGUUACAACUAUUUGAGUUAAACUUUUACACUUAUUACUUUUGAAUUACUGUAAAUAUGAAACCUGCCUAUCCUCUUGUUCUCUCUGUUGGUUUUGCAAGUUACUUUGGAAAAGUAACUGGUCGUAUUAAAUUAAAAAGUGUCAUCAGUGAUUGUUUUUGUCUUGUUUCCCUUUUCUUGUAAGGAUUGUAAUUGUCGUGAUUGACUGAGAUUUUUCUUCAAGAAGUAGAACUUUCAUAGGACUAUUUUUACCAAUCUGUUGCUUUCUCUGAGUGAUUUAUUUUAAGUCCAUGUGCUAUGUAUUUAUAAUUGCCUCAUAUGUUGGAGCAUUUUCCUGUCAAUUCCUUUUUUGUCUCAGAACAGAGAUGUGCGGUGACUGAGUGAGGCCAUUAAUGCUGCCUGUGGGUGCUCUUGGGUUAUCACAUUUCAGUAGCUGAUUCAAUCUGAUAUCUCGCUUUGGUAUUUUUUUUUGUUAAUGGCUGUUAAAAACAAAAAUGCUCAUCUGGUUCCUCCAAAAUAAUAAAGGGGUUAUUUUUCGUAGCCUUGAAAAAGUUUUGAAUUUGCAUGCAGAGCUCAAGGAUUUGUGCAAAACGUGUACAUUGAAGAUGUAUGCCACGUGUGACAGACACAACUCUGCCUUGUACUGAAAUUGUCUUAACGAUGUGCAGAACAUCAUAGCCCAGAUUAAAAAAUCAUGCAUAUUGCA